UCUAUCGAUUAAUUUCUUUUCUCGUCUUUCUGACAGCUUCUGUGGAUAACACGACACCGGAAAGAGAGAACUCCUUUUCAUCCACCUCCGCACCAGAGACCACUAGGGCAAUAUCUACCCCAGAAUCACGGACUACACCUAAUGAAGCUUCUGUGGAUAACACGACACCGGAAAGAGAGAACUCCUUUUCAUCCACUUUCACGCCAGAGAGCACUGGAGCAAUAUCAACCCCACAACCAGAGAAUAGAGCUAAUGAAGCUUCUGUGGAUAACACGACACCGGAAAGAGAGAACUCCUUUUCAUCCACUUUUACGCCAGAGAGCACUGGAGCAAUAUCAACCCCACAACCAGAGAAUAGAGCUAAUGAAGCUAUAGUUACCACACAAGAGACCAGUACAACUAUUCCUCCAGCUACUACACAGGAGCCCAUUACUACAUUACCAACUCCUCCACCUACCACACGAGAGCCCAGUACUUCAACAAUACUCCUUACCACACAGCAGACCAGUAUGACUAUCUCUGACCAUUACAUAGCAUCAGGAGAAACGGCUCCACCUGAUAGUAGUGAACCACCCAAGACACCUGUGGCACUUACAUGUCUCCCAGAAUACAUGCGUGCAGUCAUUAGAAAAGCCUAUAUCAGGUCAAAAGGCUAUUUUUCAUGGAAUUUUCACUUGAAUGACCCAACCUGUAGACCUAUGGUUACAAAAUCCGAUGUUAUAUUCCAUAUACCUUAUGAUGGCUGUGGUACAAAAAGUAAGGUAAAUAAUGGGACUAUUGACUACUCCAACACAGUCAGAGCAUCCACUUCUGAUAAGUUCAUCCCCAGGGCAAAGAGGCCUCAGUUACAUUUCACUUGCAGAAUGAACCAGAGCAUGAUAGUGGACAUCAUGCACAUCGUCAACGAGUCCGACUCUUUAGAAACUGAUGAAACUCAGUAUGGACAAUUCAAUGUGAAACUUUCCUUUUAUGAAGCACCAUCAUUUUCAAGCCCCGUGAAUGAUUUCCCAUACUUUGUUGACCUAAACCAGGACUUAUACAUUCAAGCCACUCUCUACAGCCCUGAUCCAAAUCUGAUGUUGUUUAUAGACACAUGUGUAACAUCUCCUGAUUCCCAUGACUUUACAACUGUGAAAUACGAUUUAAUCAAGAGAGGGUGUGUAAAAGACGAUACCUACACUGCUUACUAUUCAUCAAACAAAAAAAUUGUUCAGUUCCAUUUUAAAGCCUUUCAGUUUUUUAAUGGAUACUCUACAGUUUACCUCCAGUGCAAAAUGGUGGUGUGCAAGGUGUAUGAUACUUCUUCCCGAUGCUACCAGGGCUGUGUAACUAGGACCAAGAGAAAUACAAGUUCUGGCCAGGAAAAUGUGACAGUUGUUGGGCCAGUUAAACUCAAGUAAAAGAAUCCCAGUAACUCAGAUGGGCGUAUUGUCAAUUUAAUGUGAUGUUAUUUCAAUCGCUUUUAACAUAAAAAGGAUUGGUUCAUUGCAUGAUUUCCUGCUGAUGAGCUCUAGUAACAUUUCUACCAGUGUAGCAAACCCUAACAAACAGAGUACCUGAUUAGUGAUUGUAUACAUCUGUCUUUACCAUUCCCUAAUUUCAAAUCUGUUGCAUUUACUUCCUAGACAAAUAAAAGCCUAUACUUCUCAUCAAUAAAUAAUCUUGGUUAUAAAAGUAUAGGUGAACCAGGUGAUUGAUUUUCUGAUCUAGACUUUGUGACAACAGAAUCUUCUUAUGUCUAUUCAAAUUCCCCCUUUGUUUUACAUCAUACUACCGCUGAAUAGCAUGAGUGUUUAUAGUUUAAGAACAAUUAGCUUAUAUUAUAAUUAUAUAACUAUAUAUUUAUCUCAGCUCACAAUGAUUCACUGCUGAGCUUCAUACUUGAAAAGAUGGAAAUAGAAGCAUCUGUGUUUAUACUUAUUAAGUAUAGAAUAAAUGUGUUAUGAUGCUUGAAAAUUAUGGAGAUGGACACAUUAAAAUUGCUUAAAGAGAGAGACAUAUGGCAUGUAAAUUCUAAGUUCUGCCUCUAAUUUAAGAGAUUAGGAGCUUCAUGUUUUGUGUCUUGAACUAAAUUGAUAUUGUGACAAAGUUCCUCCUCUAUCUUGGUGGGUCCUGCACUUAUUGGCGAAUUUGCUUGCCUCCGAGAUUCACCAUGUGGGUUGGGGAACAGCCCAGAGACCUUCCCCUCUGGUAGAACCCACAGUCCAGGUCAAUUGGGAGGUUUGGAGGGAACCCGGUCCUGCCCUCUACUCCAGGUUCCAGCCCAGGGCCCUGUGGACUGCAGCUGUCUAGAAUGCCUCCUGGAACAACUGCACGACAGCUACAACAACUGCACGACAUGGGCUACUUCCCCAUGGCCUCCUCCCAACACCUUCUUUAUCCUCACCACAGAUCCUUCCUCCUGAUGUCUGUUAAUGCUUGUACUCCUCAGUUCUCCAGCAGCACAUCCUCUCACUCCCAGCUCUUUACACACACACACACACACACACACCUCACUAACUGGAGUGAGAGCCUUUUUAUACCUUUUUAUUCCUGAUUAGCCUGUCUGUCCUAAUUGAUUCUAGCAGCUUCUUCUUAAUUGGCUCUAGGUGUCCUAAUUAGCCUGCCUGCCUUAUUCAUAGUUUCAUAGAUUCUAGGACUGGAAGGGACCUCAAGAGGUCAUCGAGUCCAGUCCCCUGCCUGCAUGGCAGGACCAAAUACUGUCUAGACCAUCCCUGAUAGACAUUUAUCUAACCUACUCUUAAAUAUCUUCAUAGAUGGAGAUUCCACAACCUCCUUAGGCAAUUUAUUCCAGUGUUUAACCACCCUGACAGUUAGGAACUUUUUCCUAAUGUCCAACCUAAACCUCCCUUGCUUCUUGUUCUAUCUUUAGAGACUAAGGUGAACAAGUUUUCUCCCUCAUCCUUAUGACACCCUUUUACAUACCUGAAAACUGCUAUCAUGUCCCCUCUCAGUCUUCUCUUUUCCAAACUAAACAAACCCAAUUCUUUCAGCCUUUCUUCAUAGGUCAUGUUCUCAAGACCUUUAAUCAUUCUUGUUGCUCUUCUCUGGACCCUCUCCAAUUUCUCCACAUCUUUUUUGAAAUGCGGUGCCCAGAACUGGACACAAUACUCCAUUUGAGGCCUAACCAGUGCAGAGUAGAGCGGAAGAACGACUUCUCGUGUCUUGCUCACAACACACCUGUUAAUACAUCCCAGAAUCACGUUUGCUUUUUUUGCAACAGCAUCACACUGUUGACUCAUAUUUAGCUUGUGGUCCACUAUAACCCCUAGAUCCCUUUCUGCCGUACUCCUUCCUAGACAGUCUCUUCCCAUUCUGUAUGUGUGAAACUGAUUUUUUCUUCCUAAGUGGAGCACUUUGCAUUUGUCUUUGUUAAACUUCAUCCUGUUUACCUCAGACCAUUUCUCCAAUUUGUCCAGAUCAUUUUGAAUAAUGACCUUGUCCUCCAAAGCAGUUGCAAUCCCUCCCAGUUUGGUAUCAUCUGCAAACUUAAUAAGUGUACUUUCUAUGCCAAUAUCUAAGUCAUUAAUGAAGACAUUGAACAGAGCCGAUCCCAAAACAGACCCCUGUGGAACCCCACUUGUUAUGCCUUUCUAGCAGGAUUGGGAACCGUUAAUAACAACUCUCUGAGUACGGUUAUCCAGCCAGUUAUGCACCCACCUUAUAUUAGCCCAUCUAAGUUGUAUUUGCCUAGUUUAUCGAUAAGAAUAUCAUGGAGACUGGUUCCAGCAAGUUCCUGUUUGUUCUGGAACUGCCCCUGUUACCUUACCCAGGGAAAAGGGAUCUACUUAAUCUGGGACUAAUAUAUCUGCCUUCGAUCACUCUUCUGUAGCCAUCUGGCCUGACCCUGUCACAAUAUGAAAAGUAAAAUGCAGUGGGAUUAAUAUUUUGUAUGUUGUAUUAUUUUAAAUAAAGGAAAAGAUUUUCUCCAUUA